AUGUCAUUUGCCGGCGUGUCUAUUAUCAACUACAGUGAUGUCACCGGCUACUCCAUCGAAGUCUCCGCGGCCAGCGGGUAUCACCUGCUUGUUGUUAGAGGCUACUCGCGUACGAAAUACUAUGCAUCAGGCACGGUGAUCCGGUCUCGCCUGUUCAAGGUAGGGGGGCAUCGCUGGUGCAUCCAGUACUUCCCUGAAGGCAACGCGGCCGAGUGCGCCGGCUCGGUGUCCUUCUUCCUCGCCCUUCUCGAUGAGAAUGUCACCGAGCCUCUCAAGAUGCAGUACGAUUUCAGCUUCGUCGACGAGCUUGAGAAGCAGGAUCCAGCAUAUAUCCGUGCAAACGAGCCACAUGGUUUCUCCAGCUCACACCCAUGUUGGGGUUACGAUGGUUUGAUCAAAAGGGAUGCUCUUGAGAAAUCAAAACAUUUCAACAAGGAUUGUUUCACUAUCCGAUGCGACCUCGUCAUUGCCACCACGGUUGAUAUCUCCAUCAAGGUACCACCUUCCACCAUACAUCAGCAUAUCAACGACCUCCUCCUGUCCAAGGAAGGCACUGACGUGACCUUCAGUGUUGGCAGUGAGACGUUCGUCGCCCACCGAUGCGUGCUCGUGGCUCGGUCUACGGUCUUCAAGGCUCAGCUCUUUGGCCCCAUGAAGGAAGGCGUGGUAGCAAGCGUUGUGCAAAUACAGGACAUGGAAGCAAAAGUAUUUAGGGCCUUGCUUAGCUUUGUUUACACCGACUCGCUGCCCGAUACAGAGGUAGACAUGGGGGAGGGAAAAAAGGGUGGCGAAGAAGCAUUAUGGUUGCAACACUUGCUUGCGGCUACGGAUAGAUAUGAUCUCCAAAGGCUGAAGGUACUAUGUGAAGAAAAGUUAUGCAAGCACAUAGACGUGAAGUCGGUGAAAACUAUUUUUACUAUAGCUGAGCGGCACAACUGUUGUGGAUUGAAAGAGGUGUGCCUUGAAUUCCUCAAGGCUCCUGCUAUUUUGAAAGAAAUAACAGCAGCUGACGUCUUUGACGAUAUAAUUAGGACAUGCCCCUUUCUUUUAAAGGAGCUAAUCGGCAAGUUUGCUUUCUAA